CCUAAAACACCUGCAAAGGCUUUAAGAAGCCUUUGCAGGUGUUUUCUUAAUGGUCUCUCAGUCUUAGCCAGUAGGCUACACAAUCAUGGGGAAUAUUGCUGACUGGACAGAUGUCCAGAAAACAGUCAUGGACAUCCUCCAAAAGGAAGAUGGGGUGUCCUGUGAAGUGUGCAGUUACCAGGACGUUCUGGACUACCUAAACCUGACGGCAGACAACAGCGUGUUUAAACUGACCCGGCCCGUUCUGGACCACACACACACCACAGUGGUGAAGACGGACAUCAUCCUCUACGCCAUUCUAUCGGUGGUUGAGAAAACGCAGACCUUUGUACCUUUCGUCUGGACAUCAGUGCAAUGGAAAGACGAACGCAUCUCUUGGGAUCCAGCUCAGUUUUGCGGAAUCACCGAGAUUUCAGUUCCUAAAGACAUGCUUUGGAAACCUGACCUCUUCAUCUAUGAGAUGAUACAGAAGGAUGACUCUCCUCCGAAUCCAUACAUGCUGGUGGCUUAUGACGGUACCGUCUUUUAUGAUGAGGACAUGCGGGUGAUUAGCACCUGCAAGAUGGACGUCCACAAGUUUCCUUUUGACACACAAGAGUGCAGCAUGUCCAUUGGUUCUGCCAUACACUGUGUAAAAGAGAUUCGAAUUUCUCCUUUCUCGAAUUCCUCUCGGGCCACGCAGUUUUCUCGAGAGAUAAUGAAGACUCAGGGAGAGUGGGAAUUCCUGAAAAUGUCCGUCCAAAACUCCAACCUCAGCUUGUAUGAUAGACGUUGGGAACUGCUCACUUACACGAUCACCAUUAAAAGGAGACCACUGCUUCACGUCAUAAAUUUCCUCUUGCCCAUCCUGUUUUUCCUUAUUCUGGAUCUCGCCUCCUUCUUCAUCGCUGACCAUCGAGGGGAAAAGCUGGGGUUCAAAGUCACAGUGCUGCUGGCCAUCUCUGUUCUCCUGCUCAUCCUGAAUGACAUCCUGCCCUCCAUGUCCAACAAGACUCCACUAAUUGCGACCUACUGCAUUGUGAUCUUUGCUCUGAUGCUGCUCAGUCUACUGGAGACAAUCCUGGUAACUUAUCUGAUGGAAAAAGACACUGAAGACGAACUCGGCCCAUGGGACAGUGGGGAGAACAAAAACAACAAAACCAAAAAUUGGAGCAUGGACAAUAAAAAAGAAAACGGCUGUUCUUGCGCCUGCCGAGUCUGCGACAGUGAGAAACAGUGUGAGCUCCUAGCUGUUGAUGAGGAGGUGAACUCCAGAAACGACUCGAGGGAUACAAAUGUUUUGCAGUUGAUCCUGGAUGAGUUGCAGAAGUUGCAGAACACGAUGCAUCAACACCUUGGCCCCAGAAAGGAGAAGAUGAAGUCUGUAUUUUGGGCAAAGAAAAUCAACAGAUUUUUCUUUAUUUUUUAUGUUAUAACGGUUUUACUGUUUCUGUCCUUCAUUUUUAUGGAAUGGUACUCUUAGAAAUGUAAAAAUAUUUAUUCUAAUUCUGUACAAUGCCCAUCAGUUAGUGAUGCAUUUGUCAAAGUCAUAGCUUACAUUGUGACCAAGGAUAAUGCUUGGAGUGGAAAUGUCACUGUAAAUAUUAGCUGUGCUUUUAGAAACAUUCUCCCUUGUAUGUUCAACAAGCUUCAUCCACAUUGACAUUUUAGACUUUUCUGAAUUUAAAACGAAGUUAGACAAUCCAAUAAGUAAAUGGAUGUCUCAAUCCAUUUGGCUCCCUCAAACAGAAAAGUAUUGCAUUGAAAUAAAGUGAAACAGUGGUGGGUUCAUUGAAAUAAAUAAAAUCCCAUUUCUCUUUAUUUCUGAUCGCAUUUGGAGCUAGUUUUUAAAGCUACGUUUCUUUCCAUGUGUUUGUGGAUGACUGUUAAAAUCCCCUAUACAGCGAGGAUGAUGUUUGGCAAUGCAAAAAUAAACCAUUAACCAAAGAAAAUACUUAAUGUCAUUAGAAAACAUGGAUCUAUUUUACAAUUAGGUAAAGUCAAACAAUUACAGGACAAAACGAGGAAAAAAAACAGGGCUUCAUGCUUCAGGGUCUCCAAAUGCUAAACACUAACACUAAUAAUGAAAUAAAAUACAGCUCUAUCUACCAAUAAACAAAAAGGUAUAAUGACUGAGCUAUCAGGCUCAAUGUGUGCUUCUGUGCUUUUCGUGUCUCUGCUCUGUCUUCUCUA